AAAUGGGUUUUCCCGCAUUAGUCACUUUCGUUUUGUAUUAAAACGUCAUCUUAAGAAAUGAUGGAUCAAAGCCGUUUAAAAGCGACGGAAAAUUAUGUUUAUAACGCUGUCGAUGAUUACAUAGGAAAAGGAGCAACAUGUUCAGUGUACAAAGGAAUAAGGAAGGACACAGGGGAGGUCCAUGCUCUCAAGAUCUUUGAAAAACGUCUAACAACGAUUGCUGAGCGAGAAAUUGUGGCGCUGCGAUCUCUGAAGCAUGCCAACAUUGUGGAUUUUAUAGCGCAAGAAACAGAUCGUGACACAGGGAGAGUUGUUGCAGUUAUGGAACACUGUGAGAAAAGUCUGUUCACAGCGCUCAAUGAGCCAGAAAAUAAAUUUGGUCUAUCUGAAGAUGAAUUCAUUCGUUUCUUCAAACAUAUUGUUGAAGGUAUGAAGCAUCUCCGUCAACACGGCUUUCUGCACAGAGACAUCAAGCCAGGCAACAUUCUCAUUGUUCAGAAUGACGAUGGCAGUAAUGUCUACAAGCUGUCAGACUUUGGUACGGCCAAGCCAGUGUUGGAGACCGAAGCAUUCCAGUCACUCGUUGGCACCGAGGAAUAUCUGCACCCAAAUAUCUUCAAAGCAGCCUUCAUAGAGAAGGGGAUGUCUCGGCAGUUUGAUGCUGCCGCCGACCUGUGGAGUCUAGGGGCCACACUGUAUCACGCGGCAACAGGCAAGGUGCCCUUCCAGCCUCACCAGGGACGCAACAAUAGAGCCGUCAUGUUCCAGAUGAUUGCUGAGAAGCCGUUUGGCGUGAUUGCGGGUGAACAGCGGUCCGCUACGGGGAAUGUGAUAUGGAUCAGGGAACUGCCAGAGUCAUGUCAGUUCUCUAGGUGGUUGAAGGAAGCUCUGACAGACAUUUUUAAACACCUGAUGGAAGGGGAUCCGAGUAAGGCCAUGACCUUUGACUCCUUCUUCAACGCUGCAGACGACAUUCUUGGGCGCCAUAUUGUCCACGUGUUUACCACGACCUCCGCCCGCCACUUCCGUCUCUACAUGAGACAGGAAGCAGAAUUUUUCGACUUGCAAGAAGAGAUUAAAGUUGAGACCAACAUUCCGCCAAAAGACCAAGUUAUUUAUUACGAAGAGAGCCUACUUAGAGACAUAGUCCGCCAAACUGAUCCCUUGUGUACGUACCCCAAAAUAAGCGACUCUGUCCCGCUGGUUUUGAUACGUGCCACCGCUGUACAGUCCUGUGUGAUGCCAGAUGAGAUAAGACUCUGGUAUAAGGAAACAUUGUUUGAUUCGGAACCAUUUUUUGGCGAAGAAAUAGUUCUUGAGGAGGAUUUCAAAAAGGCCAAGUCCAUCUGUGAAUCCAUCGCCCUAAUCCAGACGUACAUCGAGCUGGGCUGCCUCACACAGACACUGUUUGAGAAAACAAUCAACAGAACAGAACGAUGGAAAGGAAUCCUGGUCUCUCGCCUCAAGGCUGAGGUGGAGAUGACCAGGAACCGCAUCAAGGACCUCGUUCAUAUACACGCUGCCAUAACACGUGGCGGGGUUCAGCCGGGGUUCCAGCCUGCAGAAGGAGUCUCCAUUGAAAAUCUGAAAGCAAAGAUCAACAGCUGUAGCAGCCAGAUCACCAACAUUGAGUUACAAUCCCAGGAACACGUGACAAGACCCUUCUCAGACGGUUGUGUGGACUCUAACAAAUGUCCAAUAAAGAUCGCACGUUUCCUGCAACAGGCCAAACUCAAGAAGCAGGCCUUUGAGAUGCUCAGACGACAACGCCGACAACCGCUUCCAUAUCACGAAGCACAGCUGCACAAGUUUGAUAGAAAGCAGUUGGUGACCCUGUUCAGGAAGUCCCUGACCCUCUGGAGUGACCACUGCAAGGUCAAGGUCACAGAGAUUCAUGGACAUUUCCUUGAAUGGCACAGUUCAUUUGCAAAGCUGCAAGAAAAAAUAGAAAUGCUCCAGAAAGAAUUAAGAGCUACACAUUCUGCAAUCAAAAAAUACACAAGACAAUUUCAGGUUAAUCGAGACCUGCUUUCAAUGCAGAGCUCAGCCAGCGGAACCAGUCUAGUCUCGAUGGACCAGGAGAACGUGCUGUCACCGUCGGUUACCAACGGAGACACACCAUCGCCGCGAAACAGUACAGCAUCCAGUGGCCCAUUUGUGGCUGUGGCCAAGCGAAGAGAACUUGCGGCCAAUCUCGUGAACCAACUUGAAGAAGUACAGAGUGGGCAAACGGAUAUGAAGAGAAUGAUUAGUGAGUCAGACGACAUUCAGGCCCAGAGCAUGAGACUCAUGUCACUUGACGAUAUGACCUUGAUAGAGAUACCAUCACUUGGCAACAUAGAAAACAGGACCACAUGAGGGUCGUGUCACUUGAAAAUAUGACCUUGAUGGAUAUAAUGUUUGCUAAGCAACAAAGAAACAUAAGACUCUCAUGUCACUCACCAGUAUGACCUUGAUGAAGACACCGUUGCUUAGCAAUAUAGAAAACGGGACCACAUGAAGGAUAGCAGGAAAUUGUUUAUAAUUGGACUUGAUGACCUGUAUGAACCUCAAAGUUUAGAAAAAUCUGAGUGUGUUAUUUUUAUUUUCAGAUUUUUAGUACAGUAUUUGCAAACAAAAAGAGGUAUUGAAAUAUUUAAACAAUGCAUAUAUUAAAAAUGUGUAUAGAAAUAAACACAAUAUUAUCUCUGUGAUAGUUUUAGGCCAUUUUUUUACUGUUUUAUUUCUUUUACGAAAUGCAUAAUUGUUUGCAGCUAUUUUAUUGUUAUACUUAUAGUCAUUACAAAAAACACUUGGUGACAAAUGUUUGGUUAUGCUAGUAUUGUUAAUUAACAGUUGUUAAAUGUUGUAAAUUAUAUGCAUUUUGACUGUUCCAUGCAUUUUAAUCACAAGAAUUUGUCAGUAGCUCAAAAAGAUGUACUAAACUUUGACAUUGUUAUUUAGAUGUUCAAAAUGACAAAAGAUGCAUACUUUUUUAGUUCUUAUUUAUUUGGGUGUGUGUAUAAAUUAAGUUAUGUAUAAAUUACUUCCUUUAAAAUUGCGACUUUGUUGGCUUUGUCGUCUAGGUACUCUGUAACCCUCUAAGAAAAUCUAUAUAAUAUAUGUAUUUUAUAUGUAUGACUUCUUAAACUGGAGGUUGUACCGCAAAAGAAAAAAAUGCUAAAAGGUAUCAAGUUACCAAGAAGUCGAAAAUUCACAUAAAAUAGAUUAAUCACCAGAGUGCUUAUAAGAUAUAGACUUUAAAAAUUGAAGUAUACCUGGAAAACAUUGGUAAGUUGUCUUUAUUAUUAUAUGAUUUAAAAUGUAUACAGAUACUCAAGAUAAUAACGUUAAUACAAAUAGGAUGUUUGCUAUUUUUGCAUCAGUUUAUGGUUUUGUAAAAAUACUUAGAUGAUUUGUAUAAAUUUUCCCAUGUGAGCUCAUACAAUGUGAUAUACAAUAAAAUAAAUAUGACGUACUAGUAUGAUGUAUGAUAUGUUCAUUAUGUUAUUCAUUCACUUACUUUAUGCAUAACACUUCUGAUUUUUUGUACAUUCUUGACUGACAAUUAUCUAUAAAAAUUUAAAAUAAUUAUAUUUUGCACAUAUUCUUAUGUCAUUUGAAAGUACAUUCUGUCAUAUUAUUAGCUCGGCUGUUUUCGGAGUAAAACCCAAGGUAUUGUCAUAGCAAGCUCGUCUGCCGUGCGGUAACCCUGACAUUCUGCUCUAAAAUCGAAGUGCUUCCACCUACAACUUUGAAACUUCAUAUGUAGAUGCACCUUAUUUAUUCAAAACUGCACCGAGCAUUGGCACCUGUUUUGCGGUGCUCUUGUUUAGACAUGGCCCUAGUCUCUAGUGUCCAGCAUUUCAAGAAAAGUAAAAUGGAUACAUGUUAUUUUUGUAACUCAUUGAUUUUACGCAACAAUUAAAAAAGGUUGUGUUGACACCUUCCAGAUUUUCAUGAAACUUUAUGCAGGUAAUGAACAUGUUUAAUUGUUGUAUUUUACAUAUUUUCUUCUGUAUAAUUCAAACUGGCAGAAUGGCAGCAAUCUUUGAUUUUAUUUGUCUGCCUUUACACUUGUAGAUUAGUAUGUGACUUAGCCUCAAUAAAGUUUAAAAUGGCUUGCUGAUACUGGCAGUCAUUUUUGUAGUUUACGGGCUAAACUAUUAUGCAGUAUUUACACCAUCAUUUUCUAGUUCCAGAUUUACUGGACAAUUAUGAGUAACUGAUUUACCUGGUUUAGGUUGUUAUUUUUCUUUUAUUUUGUUUAUUAUAGUCUUCAAUAUGUUUAUAUAAUAAAUUCUUUUAGUUUGUUGUUGCAUUUAAUUAUGAAACCUAUAGGCCUAUCAUACUAACGUGUGAAAUCCCAUUCAACCAUUCCUUACUAUGUAAUUAAUUUUGUGUAUUUUUAUAUUAACCCUUUACCACUUAGGUAGGUAUUUUGACGCAUUUUUAGUCCCAUAGAAAGUUAAAUUUAUUUUUAGACCUUUCUCACUAAAUUCAAACUUUUAAGGCUUCAUUUCCAACCCUUAGAUACUGAUGAGCAGCAAACAGCAUAAAACCCGAACAGACUGCGAGUUACUGGAAGUUCUUGUUUUAUGCUGUUUACACAUAGCCAUCUCACUUUGCUUCUGAGUGGAAAGGGUUAAGAGACCUUGCUAAUCAGUAAUGUAAUUAGAAUUUCUGAAAUGUGAACACUUAUAUGAAGUAUGUAAUUUUAAAAUAAAUGUACCACAAAUUGUAGAGGGGACUUAAUUGAUGAUUACUCAUUACCUUAACUCAGCACAUAUUUUAGAAGCAUUUUUAUUGCAAAUAUUCAUUACAUGCAUACUUGCCAUUUUUCUGCACCAAAGUUCAGGGAUACAGUACAAAUCCACAAAUAAUGUUUCUUUAAACAAUCCCUGACAGUAUGAAAGAAAAAAGUACUUUUCAUGCAAUGCAGUGUUAAGUUUUUAUUCUGAUCCUGAUCUCAAUAUUCAAACAACUAGUAUCUACAAUACCUAGUUUUGAGUGACUCUGCUAUGUUUGAAUUUUUCUGACUGUUUAUACUAGUCAAACUAACAAUAUGCUUAUACGAUGUGUGCAAGUAUAAAUUGGCAUUUCAGUUAAAGUUUUACAUGGAAACUUCAGACCAACCAGAUUUAAUAAAACUGAAAUCCUCAGUUCCUAUGGUAACCAAAUUGCAUAUUUGAGGUAUGCAUGUAUAAAACUUUGAUUUGUAUCAGUUUGCUAUGUUCGUUACACUUUUUUUCUUGUUAUACAUUUGUCUACACUUUUACUUUGUUUCUUGUUACAUAUUGAUAUAAACAAAUAUUUAUAAAGAU